AUGUCUCCUCCAACGUCCACAAAGCUCUUCUUUCUCAGCAUCUAUCAAGCAACACCAGAAGUACCUUUGGACACGCAAAGUCUGGAUGAUAUCACGCACAGAGGCCGUCUUCAGGUCCUGGAUGUGAACAAUGCAGGCCAACCGAAAACGCUCAUCGACAAUGCACACAUGCCCGAUGGAAUCGCCAUCGGCAAGAAGAACGGCCGCAUGUACUGGACUCAAAUGGGCACACCUGGAAAGAACGACGGAUCCGUCUACAGUGCGAGUCUGGACGGAACCAAUGUAAGGACAGUUCUCGGCCCCGGAGUAGCAAACACGCCAAAGCAGAUAGUCCUCGACGGCGAAUCCUCGAAACUGUACUUCUGCGACCGUGAAGGUCUUCGAGUGCACCGUUGCAAUACCGAUGGCUCAGGCCACGAAGUCAUCAUCCAGACCGGUGACUGGCAGAAUGAGGAACAUCAAAAGAAUCAGACUCGUUGGUGCGUCGGCAUUGCGGUAUCGCGGAGACUUGGCAAGAUAUUCUGGACCCAAAAAGGUGCACCGAAGAGUAGCCAAGGACGCAUUUUUUCCGCAAACAUCGAAAUGCCGGAGAGAUCUUCUCCAGACUCACGGCCAGAUAUCGAGCUCGUCAUGGAGAAGCUACCUGAACCCAUCGAUUUGGAGGUUGACGAGGAUACUGGAACGCUGUAUUGGACAGACCGUGGAGAGUUCCCAUUUGGAAACACAUUGAACCGGAAGACGAUUCGAGGGAAGACUCCUGAAGCAGAGAGGAAGCAGGGUCGGCAGAUCUUGGCUGAGGGAUUUGGUGAAGCUAUUGGACUGGCGCUCGACCACGUCAAUCAAUGCGUAUGGGUGGCCGACCUCUGCGGCCGAAUCUGGUGCUGCGACGCACAGAAGCCAGCGGCUAAGCACAAAUUGUACGAGAGCGAGACUUCUGUCUUGACUGGACUCGCGGUGCUGCACGACUGA